GUCUCUUAUCGAGUAUCGAGAACACAAAUAUUGAAACAUAUGUGUUCUACUCGGUUUAGUGUUUCUGUAUCGUCCAGAUAUUCUGUGAUGAAAUUUACUAGAUAAAAAAAUUAUUAUAAUUAUUAUACUCACUGAUACAUCACUUAUUUUAAAAUGCACCGACGAAGAAAAGACAAAAUAAAGGCAGUAAUCGAACUCGAUGCAUUCCCUAAGGUUCCUGACACCUACAAGGAAAAAACCACAUCAGGUGGAACCAUUUCCCUCAUAUGCAUUUUCAUCAUCCUGUACUUGGUUUUUUCUGAAGUUAACGACUUUAUACAUUCCGGGGUGAAGUUUCAUUUUGUUCCCGAUGAUGAUCUUGACACCAGGAUGGAUUUAAAUGUCGACAUGACAGUAGCAAUGCCUUGCAGAUAUAUUGGAGCAGAUGUUUUAGAUUCUACAGGGCAAAGUGUUGUUAGUUUUGGUCAUCUCACAGAAGAAAAUACCUGGUUCGAGUUAAGCCCCAGACAGAGGAACCAUUUCGAGGCUGCUCAAAGGCUCAACAGCAUUCUCAGAGAUAAACCUCAUGGGAUCCAACAGCUGUUAUGGAAAUCUGGCUACCAAAAUCUUUUUGGAGAAAUGCCAUCAAGAGAAUUCGUGCCGAGCCAACCCUCUGACGCAUGCCGGUUACACGGUACGCUACAGCUGACAAAGGUGGCUGGUAAUUUUCACAUAACAGCCGGUAAAGUUCUGCCUUUACCAAUGCGCGCGCACGCCCACUUAUCUCCAAUGAUGGACGACGAGCGAUUUAAUUAUUCACACAGGAUUGAUAAAUUUUCAUUCGGACACAGUUCGACGUUAAUACAGCCUCUUGAGGGUGAUGAAGUCAUCACCGACAAAGGAGCUAUGUUAUUCCAAUAUUUUGUUACCGCCGUGCCAACGGAAAUCGAAUCACUUGUUUCCGCUUCAUCCGGAAUUCAUGGCUCAAUGAAGACGUGGCAAUAUUCAGUUCGAAACCAAUCGAGAAUCAUUGGCCAUCAAAAAGGAUCUCAUGGGAUUCCAGGGAUUUAUUUCAAAUACGAUGUGGCUCCACUAAGAGUCCGAGUUGUUCCAGACGCACCGCCUCUCUUGCGCUUUGUUCUCCGCCUUUGUGCCAUCGUAGGAGGCGUGUAUACGUCAGCAGGUAUUGUCCACAAGGUUAUUCAAGGUGUUUACUGGUUGAUUCGUUCCUGUUAUGCUACUUGCAGUGGACGGGCUCAGAGCUACACUCAGGUUUCGUCAUGAUCUGCUUACACCUUGGAAGUCAUCAUCUAUCAAUAUGUCUGUCCGUAACAUUAUGAAAUAUUCAGUCGCGUUAUCUUUUUCUAUGACCUACAGCAUAUACAGUUUGUAUAAAUUUUUA